UGGAGGAGCGGGGUGGUGGGCGUGUCUCUGCGGCAGUAGGAAGCGGGUCUGUCUCCGGUGUGUCCGCUCACUCUCCCCGCCAUGUACGGAUGUUGCGGGUCCCGGGCGGCGAGGAUCGCCAUGCUGGUGGCGGUGGUCGGGGUCCUGCUGACUCUGGUCCACCAAUGGCUGAUGAGUAAACCGUACACCUUCUCCCGGGAGGAGAUCUCCGCCCUGGCCCGGGAACAUGCCGGUCUGGACUAUGAAGUCGCCUUCUCCAAGAUCAUCAUUGAGUUGAGGAAGAAGCACCCGGGUCACAUCUUACCGGAUGAGGACAUGCAGUGGGUGUUUGUGAACGCCGGAGGGUGGAUGGGCUCCAUGUGCCUCCUACAUGCCUCCCUCACCGAGUAUGUGCUGCUCUUCGGCACCGCCAUGGACACCAGCGGGCACUCAGGUCGUUAUUGGGCGGAGAUCACGGACACCGUCUUGUCUGGAACGUUCCGGCAGUGGAAAGAAGGAACGACAAAAAGUGAAAUAUUUUAUCCCGGAGAUACCAUCAUACACGAGGCGGGGGAUGCCACAGCCGUCCAGUGGAGCGCCGGGACGUGGAUGGUGGAGUACGGCCGGGGGUUCAUCCCCUCCACGUUGGGAUUCGCUCUGGCGGACACCUUCUUCAGCACCCAGGACUUCCUCACCUUCUACUACACCGUCCGGGUUUACUACAAGGCGCUGCUACUGGAGACCAACACCUACCUGUCCGAGGUGGGGUUCUUCUGACCCAGCCCGUCCAAUCAUCAUCCUCUCCCCCCUCUGUCAACGGGCCCCGCCCACUCUGGCGGAUAACCGGCGGACCUCCAUCUAGUUUUCUUUAAUCUGCUAGAAGAUAUUUUUCAUCACACAAGCUAUCAUGGCUGCAGGGCCAGGUCCUACGGAGAUGCGUCUUUUGUUAAAACCAAACGGGAAGAAUCGGGUGCCUUCUAUAGAAACAAUAUGGCUGCCCCCCCCCCCCCCGGGGGAGGGGAGAAUUCAGGCCGCACACUGGAAUGAGAACACAUUACAGGGGGGGGUCUGGUCACAAAGCCAUUUUCUGAGCUCACCUCCCAUAGGGGCCGUAGUAUGUGGUGAAAUUCCUUCACCUGCAGCCUUAACGGGUCAGCUGGCCACACACUAUGCAACCACAUUGUACAGAUUAAUACACAAUUAAAUCUA